AUGGCUAUUCAAAAUCAAAUGCUAUUCAAAAUAUUUUUAUUUUAUCUUAAAUUCUCUUUUUCGUUUCCUGUUUUGCCAGAACUAGCUCAAGCUGAUUUAGCUACAAGCCAGGUUCCCGAUGUUUUAGAUUUAAGAUCUUCAAUUUUGUCUAAUGAGGUUGCUUCAAACCUAAUAACGAACAAUAAUGAAUUGAAAAAUGAGGUUCAAGUUUUAAUUGAAGAUAUUAACAGUUACUAUUUGAAUCAAAAUCAAAACAUUGAUCAAAAUCAAAACAUUGAUCAAAAUCAAAACAUUGAUCAAAAUCAAAACAUUGAUCAAAAUCAAAACCAAAGCAAUAUCGUGGAACAGAGUCCAAUUCAAACUGAUUCGAAAACUCCACCAGUUUAUACAGAAAAAAUAUUAUCCGAAACUCCAUCAGAUUUUCCUGAUGAUAAUGGAUUGUCAAUUCUUUCUUGGGAGGAUUUAGCUGUGAUUUCAAGUAAGUUUGAAAGAAUAAAUAAAAGAAAUUUAGAAAAUAAAGAGCCAAAUGAAUCUGGUUACUAUCUAAAUAAGAAAACUUCUAUUGAAUCAAAUUUUAAGAAUCUUGGUUCUAGGAAAAUUGCAAAAAUGAAAAAUCAAACAAUAAGUAUCAAAAAUGGUUCUUUUUCCAAAAUAACAGAUAAAACUACUAAAUUAAUUAACAAAAAACCUGAUUUCGAUUUAUCCGGCUUAAUAAGGCACGAGAAACGUUUUGAUUCUGAUUCUGAUUAUUCCCAAUAUCCAUUAGAAGAAUAUCCUAUAUCAUCUGGCACUGAAGGAAUACAGGAAAGUUUUGAUUUCGAAGAGUAUGAUAAUGUAUAUGAUUAUCAAUAUGAUGAUGACAACGAUUAUGAAACCUAUGAAAUUGUUUAUCCCUCAGAUAUAUAUUACAAUCAAAAUGAUGAUGAAAAUAAUAGUCAUAAUAAUGAAGAUGUUAAUGUUGAUGACAAUGGUAAUGACUAUCGUGAUAAUGAUGAUUUUUCUAAUUUAGAAAGUAAAAAUGAAUAUUCUUUUCCAAACUCCAAUUUUUAUCAGAAAGAAAUAGAACGCUUUGAAAACACUAUUCGCAAAGAUUUUAACAAACAAGAAAACUCUGAAAACUCUCAACCUGUCAAAUUGAACCUAAAACCUAAUCAGGACAAUCUCAAUGCAUUAAAUAGAACAAACUUCACAUCUUAUGAAUUUUCUCCAGAAAUUUUGAUUGAAGAAAGUCCCAAAGAAACUCUUAAAGAUGAAUCAUCCUAUCAUGUCACUGAAAAAUACAAUGCUCGUCCAUAUUUAGUUGACAGUAGUAAGCAAAAGGAUAACGAUCAAAAAGAUAGUAAUCAACAAUCCCUCUUUUUAUCACAAGAGGGUCAACCUCAUCCUCUCAAAAACUCCAGCUCAAACUUUUUUACAAAAAACAGAGAACUUGAUUAUGACAGUGUUUUCUUUUCAAAUUCCAGCUCUUCAAUUCAAAUAAGCUGUUUAAUUAAAAAUCUUAUGGUGGUAUAUGUGCUUUUAUUUGUUUUUUUUUAG